AUGGCGGCCGAUUCAGCCUCCCCCUGCGCUUCUGAAGCGUCUCUUUUUUGCCUGUUUCCGCCGGCUGCGUCCUUCUUUCUUCCUCGUCUCUGCAACGUCGCGGCUGAUGACCUCGGCGCCGACGGCGCUUUUCAGUCGGUCGUCGCCUGCGCGCUGUGCACGUCCCAGCGGCGCGUGGAGCCGGCGGGACGGGUUUUCUUCGAGCGAUUCGAAAUUUCUGCCAAAAACGGCGAAGACAUCUCGCUUUCCAGUAAAGGCAAAGGCAAAAAAGGGAACCGCUCGCAGGGCGACGAGGGCGAGGAGACCUUCUCUGCAGUCGACGAGGAACGUUGGAGGAACAAGCGAAAGGGAAAAUCCGCAGGCGGCGGCGGCGGGUCGUCGUCGUUCGCGAGUAGCGCGAGGCUGAAGCGCCUGGUGAACGAGGACCGAACGCUGUAUGAAAUCCUCGGCGUCAGCGAAGGCGCGACGACCGACGAGAUCAAGAAGCAGUACCGCAGAUUGGUGCUGGAGCAUCACCCUGACAAGGCCAAGAGGCGCCCGAAGGAAGGCGCUGCAGAAAACGGCACGCUCUCGCCCUCCGCCUCCUCGUUCAGCCUCGACGGGAAAAAAGAAGACGGCGAAGAAGGUCACGCCUUCUUCCUCAAGAUCCAAGAAGCCUACGAAGCGCUCACAGACACCGAGUUUCGGCGGCAGUACGACUCGGCGCUGCCGUUCGACGACACCAUCCCUUCUGCUUCUGCUGCGAAGACAGCCGAAGAGUUCUACGCCGUUUUCACGCCGGUCUUCCAAAGCAACGCCAGAUGGUCCUUGCGCCGGCCGGUACCGUCGCUGGGCGAUCCCGACACGCCGAUGAAUCGCGUGAAGAACUUCUACGAUUUCUGGUUUGACUUCCAGUCGUGGCGCGACUUUGGCGUUCACGACGAGUACGAUCUGAACGAUGCUGAGUGCCGCGAGGAACGCAGGUGGAUGGAGCGCGAGAACUUGAAGAUUCGCAAGAAGCACGCCAAGGCGGAGCGAGCGCGCAUUCAGAAACUCGUCGAGACAGCCUAUUCAAUCGACCCGCGCAUUCUGCUGGAGAAGGAGGCCGCGAAGAAGAAGCGCGAGGAGGAGAAGGCCGCCAAGCAGCGCGCAGCAGAGGAGCAGAAGCGCCGGAAAGAGGCUGAGGAGCUGAAGCGAAAACAAGACGAAGAGGAGCGAAUCCGUCGAGCAAACGAGGAGAAGGCGCGCGAGCAGCAGGAGCAGCGUCGGCAGCGCGAGUGCCACAAAAAAUGGCGCCAGCGAACUCGGCAACUCCACGGACUUUUCUGCCGCGAUACGCACCCGAACUACCUCGAUUCUCUCCAGCUUCAAGAUCUGUGCCAGAAGCUCGAGCUUCUGCAGCUCCGCGAGAUGUGUAGCGAGAUCCACUCCACUGUGGGCAUCGAUGCACCCGCGGAGGGCGAGGCACGCGAAGGGCCUGCGCCGAUCCCCGAGGGACUGGGCGAAGCGACGCCCGCCACGUGCGAGAAAGUUGGAGACAUUUUUGCGCGCCGGUGGCAGCAGGUGAAGGAGGCUGACCGACUCAAGGAGGAAGCGCAAGUGAAGGAAAACGCCAGGCGGCUGGCAGAGCGAAAGGCGCAAGAGGAGGCAAAGAGGCUCGCUCGUCAAAGCUCGUGGACGCCUGAUGAAUUGUCUCUGCUAGCGAAGGGCCUGCAGAAGUUCCCUGGUGGAACUGCCCGGCGGUGGAAGUUGAUCGCAGACUUGAUUGGCACAAAGACGCAGGAGGAAGUUGUGGAGAAGACCAAAGAGAUGUCGGAAGGCGCCAGCCUCAAAGCCAUGGGCUCCAAAAUCAGCCAGGUUGCAUUUGAUCAGUUCAAGGUUCACAACCAAGGUGCGUUCAAAAAGAUCGAGGCAGAUCCUGACAAAAAAGACGUCGGCGAGACACGUUCCCAUUCUUCUACAGCUUCACAGCCCGCGAAGAAGACCGAAAAUGGAGAAUCCACGGAGUGGACACCUGCUCAACAACUCGCGCUUGAGAAGGCACUGGCCAAGCAUCCAGCGUCCAUGCCUGCGAGCGAGCGAUGGACUGCAAUUGCAGCUGAUGUGCCAGGGAAGACGAAAAAGGAGUGCGUGGAACGCUUCAGACAGGUAGGCGCUUGA